CGCGCCGACGCGAACAUGGCUCACUUUCAGUUUCUGGUCGGGAUUCUCAUUCUUCUGUCGGCCCUGGCCGAUGGAUCUCUUCACAGGAUACCCCUCCACAGAUCUCCAAACUUUAAGAGAACCCGCGAAGCCAUUGUGGCGGAGCAGCUCUAUGUGGAUCACAAGUACAACCUCAACACUACGGCCAACGGCUUCCCCAUGGAGCAGUUAUCGAACUUCAAUAACUUCCAGUACUACGGAAAUAUAAGCAUCGGAACUCCGGGGCAGGUCUUUAGUGUCCAAUUUGACACGGGCUCCGCUAACCUGUGGGUGCCCAGCGCCCAGUGCUCGAGUCCCGCCUGCGUUCAGCACAAGCUGUACUACAGCAACAUGUCCAGCACCUUCCAGAGCAACGGGUCGGUCUUCGACAUCACCUACUUGGAGGGUACUGUGGCGGGAUUCAUGUCGCAGGACUUGGUGUCCGUGGCAGGCCUUCGGGGUGUGCUUCAGACCUUUGGCGAGGUGACCACGGAGACGGGUACCAACUUCCUAAACUCCAGCUUUGAUGGAAUCCUGGGCAUGGCCUUUCCCCCGCUGGCCGUCAACUUGGUGACUCCGUUCUUUCAGAAUCUGUAUCACCACAAGCUGGUGCAGCAGCCGGUGUUCUCGUUUCUGCUGCGGAACAACGGCACUACCGCCAGCUACGGCGGAGAGCUCAUCCUGGGCGGCUCAGAUCCGGCGCUCUAUCGCGGCCAGCUCACCUACGUGACGGUCAGCAAUCCCGAGUACUGGCAGUUCGUCACGGACUCCAUCCAGAUGGGAAACACGGUGAUCAGUCGGGGAUCGGCGGCGAUCGCGGACACCGGCACUUCACUUCUGCUGGCUCCCCUCGCCCAGUACACUCAGAUCGCCGGGAUAUUCAAGGUGAACUCGCUGGGAUAUUUCCGGUGCCGCAAAAUCAGUUCGUGGCCGACGCUGAACUUCAGGAUUAGUGGAGUAUCCUUCAAGGUGCCGCCGCAGAACUAUAUCCUGCAGGAAGGCGCCUACUGCACUCUGGCCAUCGUGAGCUCCAAUCAGGAGUUCUGGAUCCUGGGCGACGUCUUCCUGGGACUCUACUACACGAUAUUUGAUGUGGGCAACCAGAGGUUGGGUUUCGCGAAUGUAAAUAGUACUGGAUCUACUCUAGGACAGAUGGGUGUGUUCACUAUGUUACUGAGCUUUAUCCUAUUGAAGCUGUGGGUCCAUUGAGUUCGAGUCUGAAUCAUGAUUGUUAUUAUUUU